AUGGAAGCAAUAAAAAAGGAAGCCAUUGCUGAUGAUUAUUUAAACUUGAAAGAAUUGUUUUUAAUUGCAGUUUCUAUGAUCUGCUAUUCAAGGAAUUGUUUCCAUAGAGACGUUUAUAAACACGUUGAAGCGUUACAAAGUGCUUUAAUUAAAAGAGACGCGUUUUUACCUUUGGUUCCUAUCGUACGUAUUCAGGAAGGAACUGAUUCAUACGCGGACAAAUUUUUAGAAAACAUCAAACUGUAUGUAUAUCCUUUUAUUGCUUCUAAAACUCGGUUCACGGUGUACCUUGUAUUUUCUAGUAAAGGGCUACCUGGAUUAAACAUUGAAACAGAACAUAUCGAAAAGAUUUAUGCUUUCGAAAUCAAUUCGGAUGGAAGAUUACUAAACUGGAAUAAUGAAAAUACACUUAAAACCUUCUUCAUAAAACUUAUGCAAGAUUUACAAUCAGAGUCGAAAACAGAAGAAUCAAAUUCAGACAUGAAGUGUGUUCAGGUUAUGACUCAAACAAAUGCCAUCUCCUUAAACCGGACUAAAUUGGAUUCUCGCUUAACCCUUGAACAAGAUGAAAACGUGAAAACCCUUGUCUGUUCUCAUACCACAAACCUGAAAAGCUUAACAUCUAUCACAUCAAAGGCGGAGUCUCUUGUUGUUUUACAAAAUGGAGAUAAUCAAGAAGAUGACCCUAUGAGUAUUAUCGAACUAUUCGAAAAGGAAACUGAUGAUAUUGAGGAUCCAAUUACUACCUCACAGGUGAAAAUUGAUUCUGAAUUGGAGUCAUUUUUGCAACCAACAUACAAUACUCAGCCUACUGAAUCGACUCAGCCUUUAGAGCCCGAAUAUGAGGAAACUGAAAAACAAACAAAGAUAACUAUCCCAAAGACUGGGUUACGAGAAAUUAAAAAUCAAAAUAAUGAAUCCAGAAAAGGAAAUAUCUCUUUAACAAAACCCAAGGUAUCGUCUACGAAGGAAAUACAGAAUAAUACGAAUCACAUAGGCUGCGAAUGUGGUGACAUUAGUGAAGAGCAAGAUAUGUUUCAGUGUGAUUCUUGUAAAGGAUGGGUUCAUUGCUACUGUUAUGGCUUUGAAAGUGAUAGUGAUCCUCGCCAGCCCAGCAAUCUACUUUGUUAUACCUGUUUACUUAGCGAGUCUGAACCGCAGCUAUAUGACAGGAUGACGGUACUCACGGUUUAUCGACGCGCAAUCCAGUCCGCUUGGGUUUUCGGUUACGAAGGGGCCCAAAAACUAGCAAAGAGAUUAAACUGUAAUCUGGCCGAUGCAAGAAAAAUUGAAACAAGGAUGAUCAAUGAAGGAAUCUUAAAUACUGAGAAAGGAAAAAGAAGCACCGCUCAAAUUGUCAAAACUUCAGAAAUGGUCGACUAUUUGAAAGAUAAAUACUUUUCUCCUUCGCGAUGGAUUGCUCAUUUAAAUUUUAAGAACUAUCGCAGAGAGAACAGACCGGUAUAUAUGAAAUCAUUCCUUUCUAUACCUGCUGGCAAAACAGCAAAUUCAAGAAGAAAACGUAUUAGGUUAACAAAUGACGAUCCGUCGUCAUCGAUGAAACCACUUCGAAUAUGAAAUUUGCGGUCUAUUGUAGAGGCAC